UGCUUCGCGUGCACCUGACUGUCAUCUUUGUUGUUGGUCGGUUUUUGCUUACCAGUAGUCGUAGAAGUUAGUAACAGUGACUUUAUUAAGCGAUGGCAGCUCCACCACAGCUAAAAGCGAUAAAUCAUUAUUUAAGAACAGCGCAGGAACACGAUAAAAGAGACCCCGCGGUCGCCUAUUACUGUCGACUUUAUGCCAUGCAGACUGGAAUGAAAAUAGAUAGCAAAACUCCAGAGUGCCGAAAGUUUCUUGUGAAACUAAUGGAUCAGUUGGAAACGAUGAAGAAAGAGCUCAUCGACCACGAGUCCAUCACUCAGGAGGUAGUCGGCAAUGCCCACAUCGAGAAUUACGCUCUGAAAAUGUUCCUCUAUGCAGACAAUGAAGACCGAGCUGGACGUUUCCACAAAAACAUGAUCAAGUCCUUCUACACUGCAAGUCUUCUGAUUGAUGUGUUGAAUGUCUUUGGUGAAUUAUCAGAAGAGAACGUCCAGCACAGGAAGUAUGCAAAGUGGAAGGCAGCAUACAUUCACAACUGUCUGAAGAAUGGUGAGACUCCACAGGCUGGUCCUAUUGGAAUGGAGGGGGAAGAAUAUGAUGAUGAAUAUGGCGCAGAGGGCGGUUAUUCUAUGCAACCUCCCCAGGAUCCACCACAAUCCCAGCCCUCUUUCCGUGGUCAUCCGACAGACCAACCUCCAGCAUCCAAUUUCAGUAACAUUCAGAUACCCCCAGGUUCACAUGCCCCGGCGAAUACACCUGCAGAUAUUCCCCGUCCAGAAGCACAACCCAUCAAACCAGUGCCUGUUCCACGAACCAUGCCAGCGGUCGAUCCUUCGUUCCUAAACAAUCCCCAGGAAGGUGAUGUACGGCUCACACCAGAGGACUUUACCCGAGCACAGAAAUUCUGUAAGUACGCAGGCAGCGCAUUGCAAUAUGAGGAUGUGGGCACCGCCAUCCAGAAUCUGCAGAAGGCCCUCAAGCUACUAACCACUGGCAAAGAAUGAGACCAUUGUGUCUCCCCCAAGCAACUUUAUCAGCAAUCUGGCCCAAUGGAACUGAAAAGGGGGGCUAUUUCCCCAGCUGUAUCAAAAAGAGGCACUCCAUAGCACACCCCUACAGUACAUCACUCAAUACAACAUCUGUUUCUGUCAUAUUGAAUGUCAAUAGUUGCUCAUUACUAGACUGGUGAGAUAAAGAUACCAAACUGAAAAUCAGGUGCAUGUGAAAGACCUUUUCAAAUUCUUAGGAGGAAAAAUAUUUAUGGUUUGGGAUAUUAUUAAAUGAUGUUUUUCUGACUUCUACAGGUUUUUUUUAGACAUGCAUGGGCGUAGGUUCACAGAUAUCUCAGAAAGAAGAACUUUUGUUUCUCACCUAGAUUUAUCUGAAAAUAUGCAAGAGACAUUUUGCCUUUCACUCUCUUUAUAUAUGCUUUGGGUAGAAGGAUUUUGAUUUGUAUACAGUAUAUAUAAACACUAACCACUGGUUAGUUAUUAUAACGACAAUAAAUUGUUUUGGAUCAUU